AUCUCUAUAGUCACCGGAGCUAAUAUACUGAAUACGAAUAGUCACAAAGCUGAACUAAGUGAUUGUAUUAUUUCUCAGGGAUCUAUUACCGUUGGGGUGGAAGUCUGGGAUAAGGACAAAUUUACCAGCAAUGAUUACGUUGGCUGCCCGUCCAUAACGCUGUGGUCUGUCACUCCGGGGUUGUAUUUGGAUCCCUUAAGAAGAAGCUUGACGCUAAAGAGCAGAUACGUCACCAUGAAGCUCGACUUGGAGUUGUACUGCGACAAAGACUACUAUGGUCCCAGUUGUAGCGUGAAUUGUGUCCCGCGGGAUGACUCGAGUGGACAUUACACCUGCGAUAACCUAGGAAACAAGAUUUGUCUUCAACAUUGGGAAGGGCCGUCUUGUAAAAGAUGCGAGAGAAAUUGGUUUGGUCCUCGCUGUUCUGCAAACUGUGUUCCUCAGGAUAAUGAUUUUCAAGGACAUUACAAAUGCAGGCCGUUGGAUGGUAAGAAAGAGUGCCUACCAUCGUGGUUUGGUUCUGACUGUCGCACACAAUGCAUCCCUCGUGAUGACGACGGCGGACAUUACAGUUGUGCACAAGACGGAAGUAAAACGUGUCUGCCUGGGUGGUAUGGCGAGAACUGCACAGUGUUCUGUGUUCCUCAAAAUGAUGAGAAACUCGGAAAUUACACUUGUGACGAUGAAGGCAAUAUGGUGUGCUUGGACGGUGUCAGUCGCCUCGACUCUAACUGCUCUUGGACUUGUUUGGUCAAUGAAGCCCCAGAAACCUACAACUGUACAGAAAAAGGCUACAAAAUCUGCCAUCCUUCGUGGUUUGGGUCCGACUGUGCCACUUACUGCGAGCCCCACAACGAUGAAAAGAACGGGUAUUACACUUGCAACGUGCGUGACGGAAGUAAAGUGUGCUUGGACGGCUGGGAAGGACGUGACUGCCGUGAAAGAAGCGUGAAAUCAUUAUUUACAAUUGAGUAACGAUGGGCUUUAGUGUGACUGUAUGUCACCCGUUAGUACAUCUUCAAUGGCGCUGCGACACUUUAUAAACAAGACCUAGAUGGACGAAUGUUUACGGUUCCUUCGACAGAAAAUAGUCAGUAAUCACUGAAUGAUUAUAGAAAAUAGGACUAAAUGGACACAUCGAGCUCCGCUUUUCAUUUUUUAUGACUUGAACAAUUUUUUUAUAAGUAAUAGCUCCUGCCAAGUACUGCAAACCAAGUAAAAAUUAAAAUUCGCUUUUUAUGAUGAAAGUAUUUGAAGCUGUCUUGUACAUUACCAUCAACGUCUAAUUUAAUAUGCAUCACCGCAACAGACUGGACUUGGGGUGACCAAAAGGGGAAAUGUUUUGGUUUCGAAAUUCAAUGUUAUGGUUUCUUGCCUUUUGAACCAUGUUAUUUGACCAUCCCAUAAUUUUCUUUUAAGUCAUUCAUUUCUAGGUACUGUCUAUACAACACAACGAAACUCCUUCAAAUCAAAUCGACAAUUAUGAAUUAUCAUUAAUAGCAGAUACAUGCGCUUUUAUUUUCAUUUCAAGAAAGAUUUAAUGGCAUGGUACAAAUGCUUCGUUAUCUUUAAAUACAGCUGCUUUUAACUUU